AUGUCAACACUGACCUCUCAGACUAUAAUGAGUGAUGGACAGGAGGCAGAACAAAGAUUUCAACCCUCAGAUUUUUCAUUCUUAUCACAGGUGCUCACUAUCUUGCAGAAGAUCGAGGCCGGAGAAGAUGCUCAAGAGAUUGGAAGACUCUCAUCCAAUUUGAAGACCAGUUUUAAAAAAUGUCAAAAUAUUCUAGACCAUCUUCCAGGUGCAGACUUGUCUCCGGACGAGCAAGAGAAGAUCCUGGCAGAGGAAAUGAAAAUCUUGGAGAGGAAGAAAGCUCAGCUAAAGACAUAUCUAUCAUGGCAAGUAUUCCAGCAUGAUAAUCCCAUUGAAUCAACGUUGAUAAAACAAGAUCUUAGCGAUCAUAAUGAUAUCCAUCUAUCCGAGCCAACCUCAACAUCAUUAUCAUCAUCAACAGUAACAGCGGCAGCAGUAGCAACAACAUCAGCAGAAGCAACACCUAUAUCUGUGAACAGCGUUGAAGGAAUGAUGAAACUUGAUGCAAUGGACGAUCGAUCAGAAGGUGAACAUAUUAAGCAUGAGUCUCAAGAACCAGUUAUGCCUUCCUUGGGCACAGACACUUCGUUCAUGUCUGAUUUAGAGUCAAGUCAAGGAAGCUAUGCGCAACCACCUUUACGACGUGAAACUGGGCUCACAUUCGCUCUUUCUGAUAUCAAGAUGGAAGAUUCCCAAGAUUUCAACUUGUAG